GGUUGGGACAGAAGCAUGCCUUCCAGGAGAGGUCUUGCAAUAGAGCCAGGAGCCGGGCGCACGGGGCUUCACAAAGUGUGCAAUGCAGGAAGCGCGGAAGGGCAACCGGGCAGGCGUCACGGUUGGGCAAAAGCCGCCAAGCGAGUUCCGGCUCAUCCUCUGGAUGGAUCAAGCCAACAGGGAAAUUGCAGAGCGUUCUUGCUCAAUGGUGGGCUGCGCCCAGCCUCACUCCGGCAGGCUUUAAAUCCUGGACCCAAGGGAGCACCAGCACCCAGCAUCCCCUGGAAGCAGGCAGAAGGCACCAUGAAGGCCAGCAGCACAGUCCUCCUCUUCCUGGUGGCUCUCUUCGCCAUUUGGACCGAGCUGCCCUCCGCCACAGCCGAGAGGAAAGAUAUCUGCCGCCUGCCCAAAGUGGAAGGGAACUGCAUGGCUCUUCACCGCCGCUGGUUCUUCAACUGGGCCACCAAGAAAUGCGAGGCUUUCGUCUACGGCGGGUGCCAAGGGAACAAGAACAACUUCAAGACGCUUGCAGAGUGCCAAAAGGCCUGCGGGCAUCACGCGCUUCCCCCGAAGGGCUCCGGCCAGUGUCCCAAGCCCCAGGGCGCUGGGCUCUGCGUGGAGAACUGCACGAGUGACAAGUCCUGUGGCCCAGGAAGGAAAUGCUGCAGCAACGGCUGUGGCCACGACUGCAUGAAGGUCACUGGAGGGUCUUCCUAACUGGACUCCAGAGGAGAUGACCGCUGGAUGGCCUCUUUCCUUGGGGUUUGCACAUGCCCUGUCACCAUGCUGUAAAUGUCCCCUUGGAGUCCACUGGCUCCCCCAAUAAAGCCGGUCUGAGCUUUCCAGCAUCCUGAGCCUCGUGUGAUGCAUGUU